ACGGUGUAGAAACAAAUAGUGUAAUGCCUGUUGAUGGAACUGUUAUCAACUGUGAGCCUGGGAAUUGAUAAUGAUUCCAUUCUAAAAGAUAAUUUUGCACUACGAGCAUUUAACACCUGAAGGAUAUUAUUGUUUUGAAAGAAUAAUACCGGGUUAUUUAAAGACCCAACUGUGCGGUUAUAUUACGUGUAUUAUAUAUGUAAUUGCGAGAUGGGAAACUAUAAAUCAAGGCCACAAUCCACAUGCUCACAGGAACUUCUAAAUAAAAUUUUGGAAAAUUAUGCAUUGCUGGAGGAGAAGUUGCAACAGGAUUUAUACAUUGCUGACACAGAAGGGCUUACAGAUAUUCAGAAUGUGUGUUGUAAUGGCACUGCAGACCAACUUGCAAGCCUCCUCAGUCCAGAAGCUCUUGGUGAGCGACUGGACAAUGGCAUGACACUCCUGCAUUUAUGCUGCCUUUCCAAAGACAUACCAAUCAAUGAAGAAUACUUGGAGAAAAAGGAGGAAAAAAAAGUGGAAGCUGAAGAGGAUAUGAAGGAGUCUCCAUGCUAUCUGCAGCUCAUGAAAUCUUCAC